UUUCUUUCUUUCUAUCUAUAUCUCUUUCUCUCUCUCACCACUUGACUUGGGCAACUAGUAGUUUUCCUUUUCUCAUCCCCUCAAUGUCUUUCUCUUUCAGUACAAUAAUACUACUAUAUGGAUUCUGUGUUAUUUGCCUCCUUCAUCUCCUCUGCUUAAGCUGACACACUCUUUUCAUUCAUCAUCAUCAUAUUCACCCCCUUUCUUUUCGUUUCUCUUCACGAAUGAACAUGAACUACAACAAAAACUUGUGGCUUCAGGGAGAGUAACCAAAAAUCUUUGCUGCUUUUCUCUGUCUGUUUUGUUGGGCACUCGUUUGUCGUGGCCUGUGUACAACAAAAAUGCUUUUUCAAGCCUCUCCAAUGGUUCCUUUCUGAGGCUGAAAUUUAAGCUCAACUUUUUUAGCUACAGAAUCACUGUUAAACCGAACUGGCUUCUUGUUUCUUUCUCACUUUCUCUCUUGCUUCCUGAUUCUGUUGCAUGUGAUGGAAUCUUGGAGCUUUGUCUCUGAGGAUCAAAAGGGGUAUUCACUUUCACCUCCCAACACUCUUGGUAGAAGUAAAAAUUCAUUCUUAGGCUGGGAAUUGAACACCCCUUGUAGUUUUUCCACCGACAUCAACAUGAGUCAGCAAAACGUUGAUAAUCAACCAACUGAGGAAUUGGGUUUUCCUGAUAUGUUGGGUGGGAAACAGCAAUUUUCUGAUCAUGAUCUGGUUUGCAGUGUUCUCAACAGAGGUGAAUCAAAUUCCUCCAAGCUUACUUCAAACUCUGUGGCGGUUUCUAACGGUCGGGAUUCCUUCAUUGAUUUGAAGCUGGGGCGUUUUGCUGAUCAUGGAGAUUCACAUGCCUUUGAUUCAGGAUUUUCCAGAAGAGUUCCUAUUUUGUCUUCUUCUGAGUCAUCAACACCACCCAAGAGAGUGAGAGCUUCAGGGAUGCACUCUCAGACUGCAUAUUGUCAAGUCUAUGGCUGUAACAAGGAUCUAAGCUCAUGUAAAGACUAUCACAAGAGGCACAAAGUUUGUGAGGUUCACUCCAAGACUGCCACAGUUAUUGUGAAUGGAACUGAGCAGAGAUUUUGUCAGCAAUGCAGUAGGUUUCAUUUGCUCACUGAAUUUGAUGAUGGUAAGCGCAGCUGCCGUAAACGCCUUGCAGGCCAUAAUGAGCGGCGAAGAAAACCACAAUUGGGUAUUCACUCCGGAAAGUCCGGGAGGUUGCUUCAGCCAUGUGGUGAUAGCAGAUUCCAGGGAACAAAGCUCACACCAGCAUCUUUUAUCGUCCCAGAGAUGCUCCCUAGUGGGAUCAUGCAUCCUGAGAGAUAUGAAAUAGGUGGCUUCUGGAGACCUAUAAUAAAAGCAGAAUGUGGGGGUGGCUUUAAACAUCUUUCUUCUAUGUCUAUUACCAAUGGACAUCCUAUGUCAAGAUCUCUAUUUCCUUCACACAACCAAAAACAAUUUCCCUUUCUUCAUCAUGAAAAUGGUGCCGCGUCCACUACCGAAAGCAUCUUCUGUGAUAGCAAUGGCCAAUAUCCACCUUCCCUCGGGGCUGCCCAAAAUUCUGGUUUACGACCACUAUUCCACGACACCUCCUUAGGAAGUGAGGACUUCAAUGUUUUCUACACACCAUCAACUGUUCAGGGAUUAUCGGGAAUUUCAGACUCUUGUGCUCUCUCUCUUCUGUCAUCACAAUCCCAGAACUCGCCAAGCCAAUCGUCAGGAAUUCCUUUGGCUCACCCCUUUGUUAUUCCCAGCAGCCAUAGCCAUCACUACAGCAUGAGUCAGGUCUCGGAAAAGAUAGGAAUAAGCUCACACACUUCUUCAAGCCGUGUGUCGGAUGGGUUUCCAUCAGAACUAAAUCAUGCAGAUGGAGGUAAUCUCGGUCCUGCAUUGAUAUCAGACAAUCAUGAUAUUGUCCACUUUGGAAUGGCAGAUGGGAUUUUCCAACAAUCAGAUUUUGUGAGCGUGAAAGAUCGUCUUUCCUGUGAAGAUGAUGCGACCAUUGACUUGCUCCAACUGUCAUCACAGCUUCAGCGAGUGGAGCAUCAGCGGCAAUCCUUGCAGCUAAAGCAAGAGAAUGAUUCUCCGUGCACUCUCCGGAUUACUUAAGGUGCCUUGAAAUGGGUAAAAGUUGUGCAGCAUGUGACAUACACCUAUGCCAAUCAUCUUAGACAAUGUAGAAGACAAGGAAGUAGAAACUUGGUGCUAUUCCCAUCAGAUGCUAACUAUUUGGAUCAAUUUGGUUGUGCUGAUUUGGAGGAAGAACUUGUGAGUAGAAUAGCUUACCGUGUAAUCACGUGAGGCUACAUCAAUUUUUGUUUGUUGGGACUAAAAAAGUUGUCCCUCUCAGUCUUAAUUUAUCCAUGCGGAUGUAAUAAACUAGAGCCUUAGAUGCAUCAAAAUGUUCUCUUCUGGGCAUAAAUACUGAUACCCGAUUUCAUGAAUCUGUCAUUGACUUUUUUAAGGUCAUAAUGAAGUGUUAAUGCUAUGCAGUAA